CUGCCAGCCCUCGACCUCAUCCUCGAUCCGCUCCUCGCCAACCCACGGUUGGUGAAACUCUGGAAGAACUCUUCCUCUCCUUCGGAUUGCCGCCCUCCCUCCUUCCUUCUGUUGCACACAGAAAGAGAACCCACUAGCUCUCCCGAGAACUGCUCCAAACACACAAAUUCCCAAAUGGCUGCUCUUACUCAGGCUCAAGUGAAGUCUUGGAUCGAUGACUUCCUUGAAGGACUCACCUCCCCAGUCGACUGGAAUAAGCUCCAGGGACUCAUGUCCAAGCGUGUCACUGUUGAGAUGCCGGGAGAACCCAAGGCUAAGAAGUUCGAGGACUGGAAGAAGAAGUCCGAGUCAUUCUAUGACUGCUUCAAGAACGCCAAGAGGUCCAUGCCAAAGAAUGCUCAACCCAUCUUUGUCCGAAGCAAGAAGGACGAGAUCGAAGUUAUCUGCCCCGAAAAUUGCUCUUUUGUGUGGACCUCCGCUCUGCAAGAGAUGUACCCUCAGGUUACCCUUUCCCCUGGAGACAAGUCCAGAAUCUCCGGCUACCUCCGAUUCAAGCUCUCUGGCAAGAGUGAGUGCUCAUGGUUUGCCCCGUUGUUCAGCCCAACCGACUUCAAGCAAGAUUCCCGUGCCGAUGAUGAUGACACAUUUUUGCACAAGCUCUACCUACAGUGGAAUAAUGGUGUAGACAAGAUUCAGGAUAGCUUGGGUGACGAAAUCAAGGCUGAGUUUCCCACCGUCGGAAAGGUAGAUAAGAGUGGAAUGAUGGAGAUUUUGGCACUUUUCAAGGACUGCAAGAGAUCGUUCAUGCCUGGCUGCCAUCCCGUCAUGAUGUCUACUGGAAAGGAUGAUAUCAGCGAGGGAAUCGUGCCGGUCAUCUACACCUUCAAGUGGAGUGCUGCUCUCAACGACAAAUUUAAGCUUCAGCUGGCUGACAACGCAGAAGUCGAGCUGAAGUCAUAUGACUGCUUGACAGUCAAGAGCAACAAGGUCAUUUCGUUUGCUCCUCACUUCGAUCCGGAAACAAAUAUCAAGCCUGUUGGCAAGUCCGGAGGCGCAUAAGCGGCCCCGCCCAGAACAUAUUUUGUAAGAACCACCGAUAGUCGCUCCACGAAUUGAGCGUUCUACCCUUGGCGGGGCCUAUUGAAAAAUCUAUCAGUAGCACUGUGGUUUAUUUUUUGUUCAAUUUAGUAAACUAGAAACAUG